GAAGGACUGGCGAGCGUUUCAAAUGCUGUUCGUUUGGCUGUCCGACUUGGGGCUAUCCAUUCAACACUACGGUUAGUCGCCCCGACGGUGUGAUUCGAAACGUAGCGACAAGCCUUGGCCCUCAUCUCAUCAUGGAUAUUGGGUCUUGGUGCUGACGAUUGAUAUUUCGGACUCCACUUAGUACGGAAAACUGGGAGUUGUUCCGUCGACCGGCAGCAUUAUAUACACCACGCAGCGCGCCCGCUCCUUGACUCCUGAACGUUUAGCUUGGAUAGUUUUUCGCUCCUUUCUAGCUGGCCUACUAACACUCCUUAUCUUGAUACCAUCCACCAUGCAGUGGAAGUCAUUCCUUUUGUUCGUUGCCAUUGCCGACUCGGGCCUGGCUCGCCUCCAUGGCCAUCAGCGUCGGCACCGACAUCAUCCCGCGCAUCCGAAUUUGCAAGGCCCGGAGGCGAAUCUGGAAGCCAGAGACUUGGAAGUUAAGACCGUCGUCGACCUGGAUGUCGUCACCGUCACUACUACUAUUACCGGCCAGCCCGUGGCUGAAGCCCCGGCCCCAACCUCCAGCAGCACGACUACCGCGGCGGCAGCAGAAGCCGAGAUCACCCCCGCCGAUACGCACGAAGACGUGAUAAGCGUUGACCUUGGCGCCAGCAUUGGAGCCUCUAUCACCACACCUUCUCUUAUCCCCAGUGCCGAGAGCAUCGCACCAACCAGCACCCCGGCGGCCAGCACCACAGCCUCAGGAGGAUCCACCAGCUGGACGUCCACUCCCUCCAGCGGAGAAUUCUCCACUAGUGGAUUUGGAGCGCGCACUAACUCCUCUGGUAGCGGCAUCGAGUAUAGCGGCAACGUCGGCAGCCCCUGGGGAAGCAACAUCAUCGAAGUGAGCGCCAGUACCGCAUACCAAUACAGAUAUGUCGUCCAGUUCACCGGCAGCAACACCGACGACUGGACCGUCGUUUUCUGGAACAAGAUCGGCCCCGAUGGUAAGAUGGACGGCUGGUACGGUCAUUCAGCUCUGAACUUCACCUUGGGUGCCGGCGAAACGAAGUAUGUCGCCUUCGACGAGGACUCGCAGGGAGGCUGGGGCGCGGCAAAGGGCUCUUCGCUCCCGACGGAUGAUUACGGCGGAUACUCGUGCACCUGGGGAGAGUUCGACUUCGGAAGCACAAUCAAUGACGGCUGGUCUGGAUGGGAUGUCUCGGCUAUCCAGGCGCAGUCGGCUGGCCAAACCGUCCAGGGCAUGAAGAUCUGUAACCACAACGGAGAAACCUGCUCCACGAUCACUUCUGGGGCAUCGACAGUAACCAACGCGUAUACCAAGUCAGAGGCCUCGGUGGACGGCAUUGGUGGUUCGCUCAACACGAAUUCGGUGCGCUUGGUGGCUGUUGUGGAUUAUAGCGCAUAAUUUGUGAAUA